UUGUGCCAAAAGGCCCCCAAGAAAGCCAAGAAGAGAUCAGCAGAGGGAGCCAACUCCAAUGUGUUCUCCAUGUUUGAACAGGCCCAGAUCCAGGAAUUCAAAGAGGCCUUCACCAUCAUGGACCAGAACAGAGACGGCUUCAUCGACAAGAACGACCUGAGAGACACGUUUGCUGCUCUAGGACGUCUCAAUGUAAAACAGGAAGAGAUCGAUGAGAUGCUCAAAGAGGCUCCUGGCCCCAUCAACUUCACCGUCUUCCUCACCAUGUUCGGCGAGAAGCUGAAAGGUGCUGAUCCCGAGGAAACCAUCCUCAACGCAUUUAAAGUCUUUGACCCUGAGGCGAAGGGUGUGCUGAGGAAGGAUUAUGUGACACAGAUGCUAACGACACAAGCCGACAGAUUCACCCCUGAAGAGAUGGAGCAGAUGUUCGCUGCCUUCCCUCCAGACGUGGCAGGAAACCUGGACUACAAGAACCUGGUUCACAUCAUCACCCAUGGAGAGGAAAAGGACCAGGAGUGA